AUGCGAUUUCCUGAUUCCACAUCAUCUGCUCCGCAACAAGCUUCAAGAACUCUCGACGACGGUUCGGAUCACUUGGCCAAAGCCAAAAAGUUUAUCAUCUUUCUUCUCGAUGGCUCAUCUUCUCUUUCUGCCGAUGAUUUCUCACGUCAACGUUCCGUUGUUCUUGGUUUAGCCAAACGUUUCUCCAAUGGCAAAAAUCAACUUGCAGUCAUUCAAUUCAGUUCGACCGUUCAGGUUCAGUGUAACGCAACAACGAAUUUCGACCAUGUCGAACAUGCACUCUCUUCCAUGCAACAGCUGUCAGGAAGUACGCGAAUGGAUCGAGGUUUUGAUGAGGCCAAGAUUCUUUUCGAAACUCAAGAAUUAGGUCCCUCCAGACGAAUUGUGAUCAUUCUUACGGAUGGUAUUCCAGAUGAUGAAGCUAUGGCCAUUCGAAAGAGUGAUUAUUUGAAAAUUGUUUUGGAUGCGGACGUGAUUUGUUUGGGAGUUGGUGCAUUUGUGAAUGAGAAGGUCGUUAAAACACUUGCAUCCUCUGAAGACAUGGGAGCAUGUGUGAGUAAAUGGGACGAAGUGAAGGACACGAUUGAACGUCUCACUGGAAGCAAGCGUAGUGCAAAGGAUGGAAUUCGUGUGAGUGCAACCAUCUUGAAUCGACCUGUAGCCAUUGGACAACCUGUCCAAUUCCAAUUACAACUUCGGAAUUCUACAUCCAACACCAUUCCAAAGAAAAGUAUUUUCAGAUUCGUUGGAAAUGAAUAUUUUGAUUUUGGUCGUCAUGUCAUUGCUGAGGACAUUGAAGAAGAUGAAAAAUACAAAUUCACCAUUGAACUCGAGCCCUUAGAUAACAGAACCAUUAAGGAUCUCGAAGAAACUCUUCCAUAUGAACUUUUGGAUUCCACCAAGAAACAUCAAUUGUUUAAAGGUGCAGUCAAUAUUUGGGCGAGUGAUUUUUGUGGAGAUCUCAUCACGUUCAAACCCAUCGAUGUUCCAUUGCUUAAUAUUGGUUUAUUUGGUACCAUGGGUUCAGGAAAGAGUAGUUUCUUUAAUUGUAUUCACACUCUAUUGGAAGGAAGUGUCGAGACCAACAAUCAAUUCUCAACUCCUGCCAUUGCUGGUAAUACGGGAGAUCACGUCACAACCAAAAUGUGUCGAUACAAUCUUCCUGAAAUGUGGAAAGAUCAUGAGCAACUGUCUAAAUUGAGAUAUGUGUUAUGGGAUACUUUUGGUUUGACCAAUGAAACCUAUAACAACAAUGAAUUUACAAUGUUUAUUGAAGGAAAGCUUCCACAUGAAUAUGAAAUGACCGAUGAAGGCCAAACUUCUCAUAGAAAUUCUUCUCGAACUGUCCUGACCUCUCCAGAUAAGAAAAUUCAUUCCAUCAUCUUUGUCGUUGCCCAGGGAGAUCGUGGUGACAAUCAACUCAUGCAAAAACUUAAAGAAAUGUUUAAAUUAGCAAUGAAGCAUUCGUUGCAGCCAUUGGUCGUUCUGUCCAAGAUUGAUGAAGUCCCAGCUGAGGAAGAUUUGGAAAAACUCAAAGCGAAUUUAGCUCAACAAAUUGGAGCACCUCGUCAUUCGAUAUUCACAAGUGAAAAUUAUCAUGGAGAGACUCCAAAAAGAAGAUUUGAUAUUGAUAAGAAUACCUAUGUCAUUCUUGAAACAGCGUUGACACGAGGUGUUCAGUAUUUAAAGUCUUUGAGAAAUAAGUAA